AUGACCAACUUCGAAGCCCUUCUUGAGUUCGAGCACUCGCUCAGCACCUACCUGAAGUCCAGCAACAGACUAAUGCUUUCAAACCUCGAAUCUCGUAUUGAAUAUGCUUCGCAAUUUUGUCAAAAUCAAUCUAGUGAAGAAGAACCCUCACAAUCAAUCGAAAAAUUGUUUGAUGACUACAACACUGCCAAAGACGACUUCACCACCUGUGGCAAAUGCGGUACCAACAUCAACACCAUCUCGUCGAAUACUUGUUGUAAGACGUUUUUGGAUACAAAGAAGACCAUCUCAUCCGACCUUGAGAUGUCUUAUUGGACUUCUUUUCUUUCAAACCCUUCCCAGACAAUCAACUCGUUCCCGUCAUAUACCCAGCUUCUUUUCCUCCAGCAAGGAAUCCCCUUUCAACUUCGGGGUCCCAUAUGGAAACGGCUCUUGUUGUUGAACAACUCGUCAAUUCCUCAAACAUCUUUGCUAGUUUACGAAAACUUUCAACAUUCGUAUAGCGCCGACAUAUCCACGCAAAUCUCCAAGGACUUGAGCCGGACGUUUCCCGACUUGCCCUACUUCAAGCAGGAAGAAACGCUUCAGAACCUCUCGACAAUUCUCAACGUUUACGCCAAUUACGACGCCGAACUAGGCUACUGCCAAGGAUUAUUGUUCCUCGUUGGUGUGUUGAGCCACCAGUUUAAAGACGAUCCCCAGUUAGUUUUCCAUGCGCUUUUGACAAUCAUGGAAACGGAAAAAUCACUCCACGAUAUCUUUACACCACAGCUGAUGUCCCAUACGCUUCAAAGUUGGAACGAUGAAUUCCAAACACUUUUGAAGACCAUUGACGGCGAGUUGUACCGCCAUCUCAACUCCUUUGUUGAAUUCCAGGUGUUCUUGUACCAAUGGUGGCUCUCGUUUCUGUGCAGCCAUUCUCCAGAUAUGAACAUUGUCAAUCGAGUUAUCGACUUUUGCUUGCUCGAAGGAUGGAAGACAGGAAUCAUGAAGAUAUCCUUAGGGCUUCUCAUUGCCAACAAACCCAUUUUGAUGAGUUUGCAGGAUGGUGACGAGGAAGUAGCAUACCAGCAUUUGUUGAACGAAUGCAAAUGGGGAGUAGUUGUCAACGACGUCAAUUCCUUUUUCGGCGAUCUUUUGCUUUCGUGGGAUGAGCGGAUAUUUGAGAAGAAGCCUACGCAUUUACAAACCUUAAAGACUCAUAAAAGGUCGACGUCAAUGAUGGAUAAGUUCAAGUCGAUCAAUCUUUCUAUAAACUUGAAGCCACGCUCCAACUCUACCGCGUCCGACAAUCCAGAGUCAGCAGUAUCGAACCAGUCACAGUCGUCUUUGUCUGUGUUCUCUUCAAAGGUUCCAACUCAGGACAUGGAUUCCAUUUAUUCGGAUAUGAGCAGCCAGAGUGAUUUUGUGCCGUUCAAAUUUCCACUCAAGAAAGAUGACACCGAGGUGGAUGAUUUGACAAGGGAGAACAUCAACUUGAAAUGCUUGUUGCAACAGGCUUUGCUGAUGCUUGGAGAAGAAGCUAGUGAUUUACGAGAGAGAGCUGCUGAAUAUGGAGUAUAG